GGAGAGGAGGUGGGAUGAAGCUUUCACACAGCAUUGAGCAGGGCAGCUGGAGCACUGGCAAAGCAGAGGCAGAAACAGGGAGACUUGCAGGAGUUUAAAUAGACCGCCAAAUGAGAGGAUGUGAGAUCAGCUGAUAGGGAGGAGGAUGACGUGUCUUCCUGAAGUAGCUUGCAGGCGGCGCCCCAUUUUAACAAUAAGAAGAACGUGAAAAGAAGACAUAAAAUAAAGUUUUUCAACUUGAAAUCCUACAGCAACAUGUCCUCAGUUGAGAGUUGGAAAGAGUUUAUCAACGAGCGACUAACAGCUGUCGUUGAAGACAUAUUCGGAGUUUUUAUAAAAACUCUCGUUGAGUAUGAGGAAGAGAUUGAACGUCAGCGCAGACUACUGGAUACCUUUAAGAAACCUGUGAUAGAGGUGCACAGAACAGAGCCCCAAAGUAAGCAGCAGAAUCUCUCAGACAAGCAGCUCUGUAACCAGAAGAGGGACUCCACUUUGGACCAAGAGGACCCAGAGCCUCCACAGAUUCAAGAGCAACAGGAGGAACUCUGCAGAGGUCAGGAGGGAGAGCAGCUUGACCUGGAGGAAGAGACUGACACAACCAUGCUGACUCCUGCAUCCCAGCCAGGGCAGCGAAGCUGGCGUCCAGAGGGGAGCCACUCAAACGCUGGGAAGAGAGCGUGUGAGGGGUCCUGAAUAAUCCGGCCUGCUAGUCUGCAUGUUUGCUGCUCGUAUAUGGUUGACAGAGUUCUGACAGGCAGUCCAAUAAUCUUAGAGCAGACGGUCACAGUGCUCUGCAGGCGGUUCCUGUUCUGAAGACUGGUGGAGUGGAACCAGCAAGUCAUGGAGAAUGUGAUGAUGCUCUAUAAUAUGUAAUAUGUAUAUAUAUAAUAUAAAUAUAACAUGUAAUGAAUAUAAUAUGUUAUGAAUACAUAUGUAAUGUCUUUGUUCAUGCCAAUAAAGCAAAUUGAGUUGACAAAUUGAUGAUGCUCUCUAUGAAGGAGUAGUAAAAAGUCAGCAUGAUGUUCUUGCUGGCUGCAAAGGAAUUCAGCUUCCUUUGCAGAUAUUGUCUCUGAUGACACUUCCUGAGAAUCUCCUCGGUGUUGGAGGAGAACUUCAGCAAGCUGUCGAAAAUGGUGCCCAGGUACCGUACUGCUUGACCAGCUCCACAGGCUUCCGAUGGAUUGUGGUGGUGACUCCUGCAGUCAGCAUCCUCUGCUUGUUGGAAAAAGUCACCACCAUCUCUUUUGUCUUGCUGACAUUAAGUUCCAGACAUGAGCUGUCACACCCAGUACUUCCCAAACAUUAUCAUUUUUAUGAUAUUAUUCAAUAUGUAUUGUGUUUCAUUAAAUUAAGCAAAGUAACAUACAUUUUCAUAUUAUGAGUCAUUGCUUUCUACAGUCCCUCAUUAAGACGUGUCUUUGUUGUCUCAUUUUUGUUUUGUUUUGUUCGCAAUUGCUUUUAUUUUUUGUAUGUGUUUAUAACUUUCAUUGUUUUCUUACAAUGAACUUA